UAGAACUUGUCAACAUUUUCAAGAUGGCCGUUUCAUAAAUAUCACGAUGCUGCAAUUUGGCGUGUAAAUGCAGCCUUUGUUACAGCAGCUGUACUUUUAUCCUGCAGACUUGAAUUAUUGAAUUAGUUUCAACGUGUAAAUAAUCAAUAUAUUAGUUUUUGUACCUUUGUGUGCACACUACGACAAAUUGCCAUGGCAGGAAAAUAUCAGCAAGUUCAUCACGAUGAUGGAAACGACGUUGAAGAUUCUGGAAGUGACAGAGAAGAGGACUGUCUAAUUAAACAAAGGAAAAGUUCGCAACAUCCAAUCAGAAGAGUUUCUACGAACUGUACUCAUCUCACAGUUGCUUGCCCUACGUGUAAGGGAAAAGGAAAGCUAUCACAAGCUCAAAGUGAUACUGUUGUUGCUCUUAUCCCCAUGAAUGAUAACAGACUAGUACCAAGAAGAACCACUUUGAAACUGGUCAUUGCAUUUUGUUGCAUUCUUGUUGUUGCUGGUUUGUGUCUGGCUUUUCUAUUCCCAAGAAAAGUACAGCUUUCUGUUGUGGAUGCAUCUCCUGCUGGUUAUUCAGAGAAUGAUAAAAGUGUAGUUAUAAACAUAACGGUGAUGGCUAGGGUGACAAAUACAAAUUUCUUCUCAGUCAGACUUACAAACAUCACAACAGAGGUUUUGUUCCUGUCUACAGUUGACUUGGUGCCACAUGAAGUUGGUUUGGCCCUUUCAAAUAAUAUAGAGCAUUUUGGUAUAAGAGAAGAGAGAGAACUAAAACUGUUUGUCAAUACAGUGUAUCUUAAACGGGACGCAGAGAGAAUAAAGAAGAUUUGUCUUUGGAAUGCAAACACCAAAGAUGAGAAAUGGCACUUUUUCCCUGUUAGAAUAAGCUUAAGCGCCAAUUUGAAAUACUGGUCGCACAAUGAGCAAAUCGACUCGAAGACAUUGUUCUACAUCGAGUGUCGACAAAAGAACUUUGCAGUUUAGACAAAGAGAAAGCUGGUUCGUGGUACACGAGAUGUCUAUUCUUCAAUAAAUUCUCUCGUGAAUGGUACGUAGAGAAAGGAUAAAAUAUCACUUGUGUAAAACAAUUCCAAAUAUACCUUUGCCACGCUUACCUGUUUCACCAAAUCUGGCCAAUGAUUCUAAAGUAUUUUGUAUUUUAUUGCUAAUGUAAAUUUAAAGAAUUGAGCCUGGUGCUUAGAAAUUUUCUUGGAAAAACGAUUAGUGUAUUCUUACCGUAAAAUAGUUAUCAAAUGACUGUAAAGAAGAAGGGUGGAAAUCCGAUAAGUUUUAAAAAUUUCUCGAAAUUUCUUACAAAAACCCGUUUUAGAAUACUUUUUCCCAAAAUUUCCAAUUAUAGUAUGCUUUUGUUCAUAAUUUUUAUCCCUAUUCUAUGAAUAUUCAGAAGUUUGUCCUGAUCAACGUUUGAACUUUGAAUAUGUUCCAAAUUGAUUGUUAACUUUUAUUACAAUCGAUUCACCCCGAAUCACUCUUUUAUAUUGUGGAGAAAACCUGAAAAUUUCUGUAUUUCCUGUAUUCAGAAAAGGGUAUCAAAAAUUCGAAUCUUUAUGCAUUGAUUGUGUUAUUGUAAAGUUGAGCCAAAGACUUGUAAAAGAUUUGGUAGCUGUUGCAAGAUGAUUUAUCAAAUAUUUUUUUGUGAUUAAAAACCCUAUAGAUUCUUCAGUUAUCCUUUCAGUAAUAAUUAACUUGAUUUAAAUGUCUUGAUAAAUUUUACAGAUUAGAA